UGCAUAGUGGCUGCUCCUCUCCCCAACCCCUAACCCGCCCCCAGCCCCAGCCCCGCCCCUCCCGCCCCUUCCAUUCCCUCCCUUCUGGGCCUCUCUGCCAGCUUCAAUGAGAGCUGCGGGUUCCAGAGGAGACCAGGGGCCGUGGAGCUCCGGUAGUGGGCACCGGAGGGCGGCGCCAGGGGUCAAACCCUGGUCCCUGGGGAGCCGCCCCGCGGGGACUAGCGUCUCUCCUGUCCCCUCCCGGGCCGCUCGGAUCCAGGGACCGCUGGGACAGUAAUCUCUGUAGUGGUUGGGGGUCCAGGGAAAGCGGAACUGAGCCCCAAGGGGAAGGGCAGGCCAGAGAGGUCCAGGGACAGAGGGAGGUGGGAGGACGCCCUUAGUCGCAGCCCUGCCCUGAAAGGAUUGGGAUCUACCGGCCAGACCAUGGUGGUGUCGGUGCCCAUCAUCGCCCUGGGUGCCACGCUUGGCACGGCCACCAGCAUCCUCGCCCUGUGCGGCUUCACCUGCUUGUGCCGCCGCCUGAACCCCAAACACGGGCUCCGAGAGCAGGACCAAGGCCAGGAUGCUGAGAAGGCACCGUCCAGCGUGUUUCGGCCCGCGCAGCAGCAGCAGUUCAAUAUUAAAAAGUCCACAGAGCCUGUCCAGCCCAGAGCCCUCCUGAAGUUCCCAGACAUCUAUGGACCAAAGCCAGCAGUGACUGCCCCAGAAGUCAUCAACUAUGCUGAUUAUUCCUUGAAGACCACGGAGGAGGAGGAGUCUGUCCCUGCCAGCACACAGGCCCUAAAUGACAGUCGCCUCAAAAGACAGGUCACAGAGGAGCUCUUCAUCCUUCCUCAGAACGGUGUGGUAGAAGAUGUCUGUGUGAUUGAGACCUGGAACCCGGAGAAAGCUGCCAGCUGGAACCAGGCCCCCAAACUCCACUACUCCCUGGGCUAUGACCAGCAGAAAGCCCAGCUGUCUGUGACUCUCCUGGAAGCUGUGACAGGGGACCAUGAUGUAGGCUGUGACUGCUACAUCCAAGGAAGUAUGGCCAGCCGGUCGGGCACUGUAGAAGCACAGACAGCCCUUAAGAAGAGGUUGCCACACACCUCUUGGGAGGAGGCGCUGGUUUUCCCUCUGCCUGAGGAAGAGCGGCCAGCGGCCACCCUGACCCUGACCUUGAGGACCUGUGACAGGUUCUCCCGCCAUAGUGUGGUGGGAGAGCUCCAGUUGCCCCUGGAUGGUGUCUCGCUACCCCUGGGGAUGGCCCAGUGGGGGGAAUUGAAGACCUCAGCCAAGGACCUGGCCACUGGCUCUGGUGAAGUCCUCCUCUCCAUCAGCUACCUCCCAGCAGCCAACCGGCUCCUUGUGGUAUUGAUCAAGGCAAAGAAUCUCCAUUCCAACCAGUCCAAAGAUGUCCUGGGGAAAGAUGUCUCUGUCAAGGUGACCUUGAAACACCAAGCCCUGAAACUGAAGAAGAAGCAGACAAAACGGGCCAAACACAAGCUGAACCCGGUGUGGAACGAGAUGAUCAUGUUCGAGGUGCCCGAUGACCUCCUGCGGGCCUCCAGCGUGGAGCUGGAGAUGUUGGGUCAGGAUGGGGCCGGCCAGAGCCACGUGCUAGGUCGCUGCAGCCUGGGCCUGCACUCGUCUGGCACUCAGCGCAGCCACUGGGAAGAGAUGCUCAAGAAUCCUCGCCGGCAGAUCGCCAUGUGGCAUCAGCUCCAGAUGUAGCUCCAUGAGGCCUCUGCCAUGAUGCCUCCUCCUUGUGGCGCCCACUUUCAUCCAUCUGUCUCCCUGACUUCCCCCCAUUCUGCUCUCAGUCUGUGGCUCAGGAGACCAUGGAAGAUGCUUGGGAAGGCCAAGGCCCCCCUGGGACACCCAUCAAUGAGCACUGAUUACGCACUUAGAGUGCUAAGGCAAAGGCUCUUCAUAUCUGGCCCCAGAGUAGAAACAGGACCUCUGAGGUCACUCGACUAAGUGCAGACAGUUAGUCCCUUCCUACUCGCCAAAGAAAUGGGUGAGUACAGCUUGUGUGCACGAGACAGCCCACACACAGAUGGGCAGGAGGCCCUGGGAAAAGGCAAAGGAAAGCUUGAUUUAGCAAACAUUUCAUUAGUUUUGAAAUGACUGUUCUUCAAUGCCAUGUUCCUUUUAUUGAAUGAAUAAAAGAGAGUUUCCUUAUUUUUUAAAAACUUAAAAGAAUCCCAGAAUGUCAACAAGGAAGGACUUUGCAGGUCUAAUCUUCCACUCCCCCCUCAAACAGGAAUAAAUUCCACACCAUUGCAGAGACAUCGUUAUUAUAAGGAAUCUACCAAAAUUUGUUAAACAUAGGUCUACCCUCUGCUUAAAUAUGUCUAGUCAUGGUGAACUGGAGUGGCAGAAAGAGUGUUGGGUUUGGAGUCAGAGGACCUACAUUCGAAUUCUGACACAGACUUCUAUUUGUUCCCUGUCUUUGAUUCUCUGAGGAACACUGGACCACUCACUCCAUCUUUAAUUAUCUUGGUAUGGCCAUCUCUAAAACCAGAUCUCUGUGGCCUUGGGCAAGGGAGGUGAAGCUCUCUCACCUCUUCUGAAAAAUGAGAGGGGUUAACUAGAUGAUCUCUAGCAUCUCUUCUGUCUCCAAAGGUGUGCUCCUAAUGAAGCAACCAAGAAGUAGAAUAUCUAUUUUUAAAAAAAAUAAGUUCUAUAAAUUAUCUUUUAUUUUUAAACCAUAGUUCUGGAAAUACCUCUCUCCUGCAGAAUGAAGCUGUUUUCCAAUCCCCUAUGCCCUUGUGAAUUAAAAAUAAUUUGGAUUCUAGUUUUGGCCCAUCACUUACUCUCCAUGUCACUGCAGGCAAGUCAUAUGGUAUCUUGAGGCCUCAAUCUUCUCAUCUGUAAAAUGGAAACAUUAAGGUUAUUCCCUACCUACCUACCUGAUCAACCCCUUUGUAAGGAGUAAAGUGCCAAUGAAAUAUCAGCUACCAUGAUUAUUUUCUGUUAACUUCACUAUAUAGUUCUUGAAUUGAGCUUUCCUCUGCAUUUUGGGCAAUGCCCAGAGGGGUCUACCCACUAGCAAAUGGGAGGUGGUCACCAUGCCUGAACUGAACCAGGUUCUUUGUUUACAUAAUAAAGAGGACCGCCUUUGGGAAAUGUUACCCUCAGCCUGUGAGCCAAAAUAUUGGGAGGCAGUUGUGGUACGGUGGGAAGAAUCCUGGCUCUGGAUGUAGAGCACACAGGUUCAAAACCUGCCUCUGACAUUCACCCUCUAUGAGAGUUUGGGUUUGUCUCUGCCCAGGGCCUCAGUUUCUCCAUUCUAAAAAUGAUGGGGAUUUCUGAAAUCCUUUCCAGCUCUAGAUCAGAGAGCCUCCUUCUCUAUAAUGAGAAUCUCUAAAGAGUUGACCACAUGGAUAGAACAUGCAUUGUAGAAUGACAUGAGCCCAGGGACACCCAACUUCUAUUUGUUCCCUGUCUUUGAUUCACUGAGGAACACUGGACCUCUCACUCCAUCUUUAAUUAUCUUGGUAUGGCCGUCUCUAAAACCCAAUGAACAAUGCAUGACCAGGCUAGAAGUUGUAGGUAGACAAGAUACCAGAACAGUCCUGGAGGCCUCCUGAGGAAUUUUUUCUUUUAAUGAGGAAUCCAAAUUAUUAUUUUUAGCUUGGAUUACUGUCUUUCCCUUCUAGUUUUCCAAGAGGGAGCAUCAAAAAUACUGUAGGAGUAUGCACAUAGUUUCUAGACCUGAGAGGUUCAAUUCAGGUACCAAGAAACAGAUGAAAUUUGGGUUUCUAUUAGUCAAACCCUUAUCCUUUAAUAUUCUCAAAGUAAACCCAUUGCUCCAAAAAUUGGAAAAACAAAUCCUAGAACCCAAAGAAUAUCUGUAUUCUAAGGAAAAUAAGAAAGUAAAAUUAGUGCUUUAAGGAACUUUAUAAUCUGAAACAUGCAAUGCUAGAGCUGGAAGGAACCUUAGAACACAGAAUGAAAGAAUUGGAAAGGACCUUAGACUAUAGAAUGAAAGAAUUGGAAAGGACCUUGGAACAUAGAAUGAAAGUCUUGGAAAGAACCUGAGAACAUAGAAGGAAAGAAUUGGAAAGGACCUUAGAACACAGAAUGAAAGAAUUGGAAAGGAUCUGAGAACAUAGAAUGAAAGAACUGGAAAGGACCUUAGAACACAGAACAAAAGAAUUGGAAAGGAUCUGAGAACAUAGAAUGAAAUAAUUGGAAAGAACCUGAGAAUAUAGAAGGAAAGAAUUGGAAAGGACCUUAGAACAUAGAAUGAAAGAACUGGAAAGAACCUUAGGACACAGAACGAAAGAAUUGAAAAGGAUCUGAGAACAUAGAAUGAAAGAACUGGAAAGGACCUUAGAACACAGAAGAAAAGAAUUGGAAAGGACUUUAGAACACAGAAUGAAAGAAUUGGAAAGGACCUUAGAACACAGAAUGAAAGAAUUGGAAAGGACCUUAGAACAUAGAAUGAAAGUAUUGGAAAGGACCUUAGAACACAGAAUGAAAGAAUUGGAAAGGACCUUGGAACAUAGAAUGAAAGUAUUGGAAAGAACCUGAGAACAUAGAAGGAAAAAUUGGAAAGGACCUUAGAACAUAGAAUGAAAGUAUUGGAAAGAACCUUAGAACACAGAAUGAAAGAAUUGGAAAGGACUUUAGAACACAGAAUGAAAGAAUUGGAAAGGAUCUGAAAACAUAGAAUGAAAGAACCUUAGGACACAGAACGAAAGAAUUGGAAAGGAUCUGAGAACAUAGAAUGAAAGAAUUGGAAAGGACCUUGGAACAUAGAAUGAAAGAAUUGGAAAGGACCUUAGAACAUAGAAUGAAAGAACUGGAAAGGACCUUGGAACAUAGAAUGAAAGUAUUGGAAAGAAUCUGAGAACAUAGAAGGAAAGAACUGGAAAGGACCUUAGAACAUAGAAUGAAAGUAAUGGAAAGAACCUGAGAACAUAGAAUGAAAGAAUUGGAAAGGACCUUAGAACACAGAAUGAAAGAAUUGGAAAGGACCUUAGAACAUAGAAUGAAAGAACUGGAAAGAACCUUAGGACACAGAACGAAAGAAUUGAAAAGGAUCUGAGAACAUAGAAUGAAAGAACUGGAAAGGACCUUAGAACACAGAACAAAAGAAUUGGAAAGGACCUGCGAACACAUAACGAAAGAAUUGGAAAGGGUCUGAGAACAUAGAAUGAGAUAAUUGGAAAGGGCCUUAGAAGAUAGAAUGAAAGAAUUGGAAAGGACCUUAGAACACAGAAUGAAAGAAUUGGAAAGGAUCUGAGAACAUAGAAUGAAAGAACUGGAAAGGACCUUAGAACACAGAACAAAAGAAUUGGAAAGGAUCUGAGAACAUAGAAUGAAAUAAUUGGAAAGAACCUGAGAACAUAGAA